AUGUCUCUGGAGGCACCUGUUGGAUUAAAUGACUAUCCAAUAACACGUUUUUGUAUGAUUACCACAGUGGUUGUCCCUGUGAUUGCGGCAGUUACAGAUAUAAAAUAUAUUUUUUUAUUAUAUUUUAAUCCGUUUAUCAGUGAGUAUCAUCAGUACUACCGAUACUUAACAUUUCAAUUGUCAUGUGUUAAUGAGAGUGAUGUAAUACUAUUGGUUUUAAUAUGGUACAACUUUAGACAUUUGGAAAGAUUGUUUGGUUCUUAUAAAUAUUUAAAUCUAUUAUCAUUAUUGUGGUGCCAUACCACGGUAAUUAUCCUUCUUUUGAAUAUGAUGACUAAUAUAUUUAUUCCAAAUCUAUUCGGAGUCAAACUUUGGAAUAGGUUACCUUCUGGUCCACUACCAUUAAUGCUAGGAUUAUACCACUUUUAUAAACAGUAUACACCAAAGAUUUACUAUUUUCAAAUUUUGCUUUUUGCACCACCUAUUAAUAUCUGGGGGAAAGGAACUAGUAUGGGUACAUCAAAUUCUGAGUCUAGUGAAAGAGACGUAAUUCCAAAUAGAAAGAAAAUAUUGUUGACAUUAUCCGAUCAAUUUAUUAUUGAUGUAUUGAUUAUAUUGUUUGUUUUAAAUAACGGAGUAAUUGGUCUAUUUGUUGGAUUCAUCAGUUGGAUCACAGGUGUUCUGAUUGAUAAAAAAAUAUUUUUAGGCUUAGAUCAUUGGAGAAUACCUUUUAUGGGACAUGUAUUAGAGAAUAAAUCUAGAAUAAAUCAAAAUAUUCGAACACAAAAUUCUAAUGAAACAGUGUUAGCCCAGGAACAAAAUUUGAUAAGUGAGGAAGAAUAUGGCAAUAAUUUUGAAGACUCCUUAAUGAAUAUAAAUAACAGUGCAUCAACAACAAGUUUCCCCAGUAAUAAUAACAAUACUACUACUAUUACCACUAAUAAUAAUAAUAAUAAUAAUAAUAAUAGAUUGGAUAAUGGCAUUAAUAACCAAUUUGAAGAAAAUGAUGAUCAAGUCGGAGAUGAACCUGUACGCCCCCUACGUCAACAAUUUUUAGAUGUAUUUAGAAGGUAA